AUGUCCUCUGUUACGCUCAACGAAAAGUCCCCGCCGCCUGAGAAACAGGAGCAACUUCCACGGCAUGAAUCUCGCACCGCGCCCUUGACGCCCGAGUGUGAGAAGUCGACACCAUCUCCACCGGAAAGCGAGGUAAAUACUUUGGCCGGGUCGGAUGCUGGAUUAGACUCAUACUACGCGAAAUACCAUGUCGAUAUGUUCUCGAAAGGAAUGCUGAAAUUGUACGGAGCAUGGGCGGUAGCUUUCAUGGGGCCUUUCAUGUCCGGUUAUGGCGUGAGCUCUAUGACCGCCAUAAAUGCUCUAUCACAAUAUCAGACUUACUGUAUCCACAGGUCUCGUUUUCGCCAUGUGGCCAAUAGCCGGCUGUGCGACUUUUUGGCUUGGCCCAAUUUUGCUGCCAUGACGGCUUUGCUAGGUAUGGUGCUGUUGGCUUUCGCCAAACAUGUCAGUAUGCUUUUGGCAGGAAGGUUUUUUCUCGGAGCUGGGCUGGGAAUGAUGCAAACUGCCGCGCCACCUUUUAUCGUUGAGACAGCUCCCCCUCUCAACAGGGGCUUUAUCACGGGUCUUAGCAAUGGGGCUUGGAUCCUCGGAGGUUGUCUAGCAACAGGCAUCACUAUAGGUACAUCUCGUAUCGCCAGUCAAUGGGCGUGGCGCAUACCCGCUAUCUUGUCCAUCAUGGUCACUGCAGUCCUCUUCCUCCCUGAGUCUCCCAGAUGGCUCGUUCUACACGGUCAUGAAAAUCGCGCUCGGGAUAUGUUGGUGAAGUAUCACGGGAAUGGCGUGAUGACUCCUGUGGUCCAGCUGGAAUUGGCCCAGAUCGUACAGGCCGUCAAGAUGGCGCCCGUAAGCAGAUGGUGGGAUUGUAGUGGGUUGGUGAAUAGUCGAUCGAAGAGGUAUAGAUUGAUGUUGGCUCUGAUGAUGGGUGCCUUUUCUCAAUUGUCGGGAAAUGCUUUGUCAUACUUUCUACCCGCAUUGUACAAAGAAGUUGGAGUCACCCGCGUUCGACAUCAGCUCGUCAUGACGCUAGUAGCUUCCCUAGUAUCCCUCUCCACAGCCUUGUUGGGCACAUAUCAAUCUGACCGUCUCGGUCGUCGACCUGUCCUCAUCCUCUCCACCAUGGUUUGCGCUCUGACUCUGUCCGCGGCGAUGCUCUCCUCCGCUCUAUCCCAUGUCAAUGUCAACGCUUCAGGAUCAGCGAGCGACUCAGCAGCUUCCAAAGCAGCUAUAGCGUGUCUUAUAUUGUUUGGCGCUGCAUACGCUUGGGGGUACCAACCUCUCUUACCGGUGUAUCCUAGUGAGGUGUUGAGUACCGAGCAGAGGAGUGCUGGAAUGGGUUGUUUUGUUUUGUGUUUGAAUCUUUGUGCGUUAUUGGGCCAAUUGGUCAUUCCUAUUGCUUUAAAGAGAAUCGGAUGGUGGACAUAUCUUCCUUUUAUAUGUUGGGACGUGUUGGAAACUGUCGCUUGGUAUAUCUUCGCGGUGGAAACUAAAGGACGGACAUUGGAAGAACUUGAUGAGAUUUUCAAUGCUCCUCAUCCUGUUCGAGCGUCUUUGCAGAGGACACAUUACCCCUCAAAAACGCCCAUGCACGAAGACACCAUGUCAAGUCAAGUCGGCGUCCCAACCGUUGUCUGA